AUGUCCCAGACAGCGAAAGGAACCGUCGUCGCCAACCAACAAGACGGAUUCCAAGCCACGUUCACUACUGCUGACGGAUUCACGCGCACUUUCAGUGCCACCAUUAAUCCCACCGUUGGCGAGUUUAAGAUCGACAACGCGAGACUAGCCUACAACGACGAGGAUCAGUUGACCGGCACAGACAACUACUAUGGCACAAUCGGGACUGAUCUCAACAUCACCCUUGGGAAAGGGCCCACUAUUACCGGGAGGCUUGUCAUCCCCAUAGACCCAACCAACAGCAUCAACGGCAGUGGGCCCUGGGGCAUGAGCUCGUAG